GGGUUGGGUACUCUGCACUGCGUUUACAGAUCGUUUCAACCCGGUUUGACCCGUCGUUUUUGUAACCCACUGGAGGAAUUCACAAGGCAGGUAAGCUACACCGGUAGUGAGAAGCCCACUUGAAGUUGCCGGAAACGUGGUACGGUGCUGUAAUAUAAAAUUCUUGGAUUCACCAAUCAUUACAGUAUUUUGCUUCAGAGGGAAGAUAUUCGCUUCGUUCCAUUGCUACUCGGGGAUAGCUCACGGUAAACCUUGCAGUUCUACCCUGCCUCAUAUAACUCUACUUUUCGAACUCCUUGGUUCACGAGCAUAAUUUAUCCGACGCCGAAACAUUAUAUCCCUUUUAUUCAGAACCCAACAGGUUUAUAUCAUUCAAUGGGGGCCGUAUUGUUAACAGUAUUAUUUUACUAUUUGAACAAGCAGUACAGGGAAAUUGCCGACAAUCUCAUCGGCACUUACUAUGAGCCACACCGUGAUAUCGUUCUAGUUACUGGAGGUAGUGGUGGGUUAGGGAGAGAGAUCGUAUCAAAAUUUUCCGCAGCCGAGGGCUCUAGAGUUGUUGUGCUUGAUAUUAACGUACCGCUGCAAGCCGAUAAGAUUCCUGGAGUUUAUUACUACAAGUGCGACGUUAGUAACCGCAGAGAAGUUUUAAAAGUCAGCUCAGUGGUAAAAAAGGAGGUUGGUAUUGUUAGCAUCUUGAUAAAUAAUGCAGGAAUCACCUUUGGUAAGACCUUGGUGGACUUGAGCUUUGAUGAGAUUGAAUCCACGAUCCAGAUCAACUUGUUAUCUAGCUUCUACACCAUCAAGGCCUUUUUACCCAACAUGCUAGAGCAUAAAAGAGGAUAUAUCGUCACGGUAGCUUCUGCUCUUGGAUAUAUGUCUCCUGCAAGGCUCAGUGCCUACGGUGCUUCAAAGUCUGGCUUAAUAGCCCUACAUGAAUCGCUCACUUAUGAGUUGGGCCCCCCCUCAGUGAGUCCCAAGGGAGUAAAGAUGCUACUUAUCUGUCCCGGGCAAUUGCAGACUCGGAUGUUUGAAGGGGUCCAUACUCCUUCCACCUCUUUAGCGCCAGAAUUGAAGCCGGAGUAUGUGGCUAAAACCAUUUUUAAUGCAGUAGAGUUGGGACGCAGAGGGGAAAUAAGGAUUCCUUUCUACGCCAAUAUCCUUCCUAUCUUUCGUGCAGCCCCUUGGCCAGUGGUGGAGGUUACCAGACGUCUCUCUGGUAUUGAUCGGAGCAUGACAGAAUUUGUUGGUCGGGCUAAAAGCCUCAAAGAUAACUUGAGUUUAAGCUCGAAAAGAAGCUCAAAUAACUCUAAGGAAAGUCUGAAUUCCAACUCUGAAGCUGGUUCUGUGUUUCUUGGUCAGCCAAUUGACAUUAUCAGUAAUUCUCUGCUCCAUCAGGGAAUGGUCUUAAAGUAGGAAAUGGAGUAUAAGCUUUUUGUUUUCAAGUUUGCGUAACUCAGACUGGGGAGAUGGUUUAAUAACUUUAAC